AUGAUAUUACCUUUUCAUACAAACUUUGGCCAUAUUUUACAGAAACUGAUGAUUGACGAGAAGAAGUGCUACCUAUUCGGUCGGAACCCGACGCUCACCGACUUCUGCAUAGAUCACGCCUCCUGUUCCCGAGUGCACGCGGCCCUCGUCUACCACAAACACCUCGACAGGGCUUUUCUGGUCGACUUAGGCAGCACUCACGGCUCAUACAUCGGGAGCAUACGAAUAGAGGCCAAUAAACCGACACAAUUGCCGAUUGACAGUCAGUUCCACUUCGGCGCCUCCACCCGGGUCUAUAUCCUCAGAGAGAAACCCAACCAAAAGAACUCGACUAUCGAUGCCAACCCUGAAGAGAUUGAUUCCGGUCUUCUUGGUCUCCCAGAAACUGAAACAGAACUCGAUAAUCUCACCGAAUAUAAUACGGCUCAGAAUCGGAGGAUCAGUACAUUAGGAAUACCCGAUAAAGAGGUGAAAGUCUCGCGAAAACGCAAAGAAAAUGUUCGCUUCAAUGAGGAGGAAGAUGUGAUAAAUCCGGAGGACAUCGACCCCUCUGUCGGGCGCUUCAGAAAUCUUGUCCAGUCAUCAGUCAUCCCACACAAGAGGGUUCGCACGGAAUCGUCGCAUUCAAUGAUACACUACGACAAGACGGCUAUUGUGUCGACCUCUCGCUCCGAUCGCAUCUCAUCAUCAGAUCUGUCGUCACAUAAAUCGCAUUCAAAUCCAUUGUUUUCGAGCUCAUUGUCUGCUAAACUGGGCAUUCAUUUGCCGAAUCCGGCGCCCGAUGUGGACCUCAAUAGGCCUAUAGAGGAGGUGUUUAUUGACCAGCCAGUGAUCGGACCUCUGGAACUGUUUGAAAGUAAUGUAAACGAACCCAAAAAGAAAAAGUACGCCAAGGAGGCCUGGCCUGGAAAGAAACAGACUUCCCUUCUCAUGUAGACAUUUAUUCAUAUUUAAAUAAAAUGUUUUAUAAAUAGUAUUUUUGAUGCAAUUUACUGUCGUUUUAUUUUGUCAUGGCUUUUAAUUUAUGUUUUUAUUAAUAAUGUAUUAUAAGAUAUUUAAUAAUAAAAUUAUGCUUUCAUUACUUG